AACUCUGGAACAAUGGAAAGUGAAAAUGGAAAUCAGAAAAGGCAGAACAUCCGACAUGGAGCUGCAUACAUGGACUUUAGAGUUAUAAAGAAAACAGAUAUCCGAUAGUUUAGCCUCUUUUUUGAGUUGGCUUUAAUAAACCCAUCCACCCCCGCCCCUCCACGGUAGCAAUAACGAAAGUAAAUGGUCGUCCAUGAGGCAGGACAAGAAGGCUUCUACCGUGAACUGUAAGUAGAUCAUGAAAAGGCAAGAUUCAAACCAAAGAGGGGAAAAGGAAGAUGGUUUUACAAAGCAGCCCAGAUAUAUUCCGCCAGAUGUUGCGGUUAAGAUGACAGAAAGACCAGGCUCUCCUGCACCCAGCUGUCUGUCACUGAAGAGUGAUGCGUCCAUGGAUUGUGCCUAUGUUUUCAGCCAAGGAGAAACGAGCAGAGGAAAACGUAUUGAGACGGUGAGUCCAAACCCAUCAUCACCUAACCGCUCUAUGAAGAGUAACAAUUCAGUGGAGUUCAACCAAGAUGAAAAAGCAAGUGGAGGAAAAAGUUUGUCCCCAUCUAAACAGAGGUGUGCGACUCUGCAACACCAAGACCAUAAGAAAAGCUGCACAAAAGGAGCUAUGACACAAAGACCAGUCUCUCCCGCUCCCACCUGUCUGUCAAUGAAGAGCGAUGCAUCCAUGGAUUGUGCCUAUGUCUUCCGUCAAGGAGAAAAGAGUCGUGGAAAACGUGUUGGGAUUGAGAGACCUGGCUCGACGUCAGGGAACUACGUCUCAGGGGGGAGUGGCAGAACAGUGGAAAUCAACAGGGAUGAAAAAGUAGAAAGAGCAGACUCACCUGGUCCUAGCUGUGUGUCACUGAAGAGCAAUGCAUCCAUGGAUUGCGCAUACGUCUUCAGCCGAAAGGGCCAGAGCACCAAAAGACGCCAUGUCUUUGAGGACAGUGACCUAACAGAGGAAGUCAUCCAGGAUGACAAAGAAAUUGGGGAAAGGUUUAAAGGUUUGCAUCCAUCACCAAUGACAACAGAGAUGUACGCAUCAGCAAGGCUGACAAGGUGCAGAGAGGAAAGCCUCUGCCUGCAGCACUGUGCUCCUCUUGACGUUUUCUGCAAGACUGAUCAGACUCUGAUCUGUGAACAGUGUGCUAAUCUGGAACACCAAGACCACAACAUAUGCUACACAACAGGUGCCAAGGUCUCCAAAGAGCUGGACACAGUGUCUCUACUUGAACAUACACUAAACAAAGUGGACAAAAACAAGUUUAUGAGUUAUCUAUGCCAAAAUUACCCAGAAUGCUUUGAGACUCCUCAGGUGAUUUGCGAUAUCCGUGAAGUACCUAAGCUUAUACUGGAGACAUUUGGUUCUGAGGUGGCUCUGAAGAUAGCAAUAAUGGUCAUGUUGGAGAACGAGAGAAAUCUUAAGACCAUUCAGGAUCGUCUAAAAGCGAAAUUACAGCGUCAUCUCAAAUCUAAGUUCGAGUGCAUAAACGAAGGAAAUGCUCAGCAAGGGACUCCGAUUCUCCUAAACGAUAUCUACACUGAGCUCCUCAUUACAGAAGGAGGGGAUGAAGGUAUUAAUAAAGAACAUGAGGUCAGACUGAUUGAGGAAGCAUGCAAGAACAGAGACACGCAGGAGACCGUGAUACAAUGCAACGACAUCUUUAAACCUUUACACGGACAGAAAAAGCGCAUCCGCACCGUGUUAACAAAGGGCAUUGCUGGGAUCGGGAAAACGGUUUCUGUCCACAAAUUCAUCUUGGACUGGGCAGAAGGAAAAGAGAACCAGGAUAUUUACUUCAUUUUCCCGCUUCCUUUCCGUGAUCUGAAUUUAAAGGGAGAUAACAAAUAUAGUGUGAUUCAACUCCUUUCUCAGUAUUUUCCAGAACUUAAAGAAUUAAUACCUGUUAGUUGUGAAGAACUAAAAACUCUAUUUAUCUUUGACGGCCUGGACGAGUGUCGACUUCCGCUUAAUUUUAAGAAUAAUGAAAUGUGUUGUGACGUAACAAAGGAAAUCCCUGUAGAUGUGCUGCUAACAAACCUCAUCCGAGGAAAUCUACUUCCCACCGCACUUCUGUGGAUAACCUCCCGGCCAGCGGCGGCCGAUCAGAUCCCUCCUGAUUGUAUCGAUCGGGUUACAGAGGUUCGAGGAUUUAACGACUCAGAGAAAGUGCGAUACUUCAGGAAGAGGUUCAGUGAUCCAAGUCUUGCUGACAAAAUUGUUGCACACGUUAAAUCUUCAAGGAGCCUCCACAUCAUGUGUCAUAUACCAGUCUUCUGCUGGAUUUCAGCUACGGUUCUGGAAAGAAUGUUGGGUAAAGCAGACAUGGAGGUGCCUAAAACUCUGACUCAGAUGUACACUCACUUCCUCAUCAUCCAGACACAUUUAAAGAACAAGAAGUACCAUGGAAUGACCAAGGAAGACAUGGACCUGACGGAAUCCGACAAGGAAAUGCUUCUUAAACUGGCUGAGCUAGCGUUUCUGCAGCUGGAGAAAGGAAAUCUGAUUUUCUAUGAAGAAGAUCUGAUUGAAUGUGGCAUUAAUGUUGCCGAAGCAUCUGAGUACUCCGCGAUUUGCACAGAAAUCUUUAAAGAAGAGUUCGGAUUGUACCGAGAGAAGGUCUUCUGCUUCGUCCACCUGAGUAUUCAGGAGCAUCUAGCAGCGAUGUACGUGCUGGUUAAAUUUGUAAACAAUGAUACGAACAUUUUCAGUAAAGAUGCAGGGAAUCUGAACCAAACCACAAAGAUAUCAGAUUUACACAAGAGUGCUGUAGACAGAGCCAUGCAGAGUGAGAACGGACACUUUGACCUUUUCCUGCGCUUUCUUCUCGGUCUCUCACUUGACUCUAAUCAGGUUCUUCUGAGAGGACUGCUGCCAAAAAGCUGCUCUGAGAGCUUGGAAGAAACAGUUGAGUACAUUAAAGAGAGGAUCAGAAACGAAUCAUCAGCAGAAAGAACAAUCAACUUAUUUCACUGUCUGAAUGAACUGAAUUACAACUCACUGGUGGAAGAAAUUCAUAGUUUCUUGAGCUCAGGCAGGAAUUCAGAGACUGAGCUCAAACCUGACCAGUGCUCGGCUCUAGCCUAUGUGCUGCUAACAUCUGAUGACGUGAUUAAUGAAUUUGACGUAAAAAUGUGCAAUACAUCUCUUGAGGGAUAUCAGAGGCUGUUGCCGGUUGUCAGGAUCUCAAGAAAAGCAAUCCUCGCUGGUAUCAACCUCACAGACGAAUCCUGCGAGACUCUGGCUUCGGUCCUCCAGUCAGCUAACUCACACCUGACAGAACUGGACCUUAGUUUUAAUAAUUUAGGGGACUUAGGAGUCAAAUUUCUCUGUAACGGCCUUUCAAAUCCACACAGCAAACUUGAGAAGCUAAAUCUCAGCUGUAACAACCUCGAACAUGCAGGAGUGAAGCUGCUUUGUGAUUGUCUGAUGAGUCCACACUGCAAACUUCAGACACUUGGAUUGGCUGGCACCAACUUCUCGGAACCGUCUUGUCAGUUAAUUGCCUCGUACUUUCAGUCUGCGAACUCACACCUCAAAGAGCUCGAUCUUGGCUGCAAUAACAUGAGAGACUCUGGAGUGAAGCUUCUGACUGCUGGACUGAGUAGUUUACAGUGUCAUCUUGAGAAACUUGGGUUGGACAGAUGUGAUCUCACGCACAACUCGUGUGAAGCAUUGAAAGCUGUUUUGCAGUCACCCAACUCAUACCUUAGAGAGCUAAAUCUCAGCUACAAUAAAUUGGGAGUCUCGGGAAUCCAGCAGCUCUGUGAGGGACUAAUGCAUCCAGAUUGUACACUGGAAGGACUGAAUCUCAGACUUGUCGAUGUCGGUAUUUCAACGAACGCAUGCAAAACGCUGGCUUUGGCUUUAAAGUCAGCAGAUCCACAUCUGAGAGAGCUUGAUCUAAGCAACAACUGCAUAGGAGAUUCAGGAGUAAAACUGAUUUGUGAUGGACUCAUCAGCCCAAACAGCAAACUAGAAAAACUGAGCCUGCGCUGGUGUAAUCUCACAGACAGUUCUUGUGUGAAUCUGGCCAAAGUCCUGAGUACCCCCACUUGCUUGACAGAUUUGGAGCUAAGAGACAACGAUCUGUAUGAUUCAGGUGUGGAGAUGCUUUGCACUGGUCUGCGACAUCCACACUGCACACUGCAGAGACUGGGUCUUUCAGGGUGUUGUGUUACAGAGGAAGGCGGUUCUGCCCUAGCUUCAGCUUUAAGCUCAGUUCCAUCACAGCUAAGAGAGCUGGACCUCAGCUACAAUCAUUUAGGAGAGGCAGGACUGAGACAGCUCUCUGCUGUUUGUGAACUUUGUGUGGAUCAUUGUGAGGCUUGCAGAAUCAAUCCAGGACUAAAGAAAUAUGCCUGUGAGAUCACCCUGGACCCAAACACCGCACACAGAACCCUGUCACUGACAGGUAACAAAAUAGUCACAAAGACAAAAGGCGAGCAUUCACACCCAGACCACCCAGAUCGGUUUGAAUACUAUUGCCAGGUUCUGUGCAAAGAAUCCCUGAUCGGCGCUCGCUUCUACUGGGAAGUUGAGUGGACUGGAGAUGUCGUUUAUAUAGGAGUCACUUACAAAGGGAUCAACAGAAAAGGUCGUGGGAUAGACUGCAAACUGGCAAUGAAUAACAAAUCCUGGAUUCUGUUCUGUUCGAACGAUUACGGUUAUUAUGUUAGUUAUAACAGCAAGGAGACCGUCUUACCUUCUCCACCUAAUCCAUCCAAAAGGAUGGGUAUCUAUCUAGACUGGAACGCUGGCACACUCUCUUACUUUAUUAUCUCUGCUGAAAGUCUGUAUCACAUGUACACCUUUCAUACAACAUUCACUGAACCCCUCUAUCCAGCCAUCAGUGUUUAUAACUACAAUGACACAGUCACGUUGUGUGAGAUAGUAUAAAACAAUAACAUGCAUGUCUGCACAAUUACCGAAAAUUAAAAGUGGGCCUUGAAUUUAGUUUGGUUUUCGGUAAAAUAUUUUUAUUGAGUCAUCUGAGUUUUAUCACAGCAGGCAAAUAUGUGCUGUACCUAAUUAACCCCCAUACAACUGUAUACAUCAGUGUAGGCUGGCUGAAGUGUCCACACUUCUUGAUGCUGGCAUAAUAACCAUAUAUAGGCGACUGACACAAAGUCCUCCGAAAGUCGUUUACAUAUCUCUAAAACUUUGAAGGUUUAGAGAAUUACCUCAAACAUUAUUAAAGAUGAUCAAAUUAAAGGAACCGCAGUCAUUUUCACAUAUUGGAGUCUAUAUUUGUAAUCUGUAAGAUUAUUAUUAUUAUUAUUAAUAAUAAUAAUAAUAAUAAUUAUUAUUAUUAAUAAUAAUAAUAAUAAUAAUAAUAAUAAUAAUAAUAAUAAUAAUAAUAAUGUUUUUAUUAUUAUUUUAUUAUUAUUAUUAAUGUUGCUGCUGUUGUUGCUGCUGUUGUUGUCAUUUAUUAAUGCCACUUGAAGGGUGCUGGUCAGCUGCUGAAGAGUAGGUCUGAUCAUCUGUAUGUUUGUUUUAUAUAAAUAUAUCUAACAUAUACUGGGCUCUGACCCCAACCCCCAAAGCUGGGAUAUGUGAAGAAAGAAUUUCACUGUACUGUAAUGUAUACAUGACAAAUAAAGGCUUCUAUUUUAAA